AUGGAUGACAACAAUGUUGAUGUUGUUAAACAGUUCAUAGAUUAUCUCCAGUCGUUUGGACCGAAGACUGAGCUUCUUAUUACAGCUCAUAACGCUAAAGCCUUCGACGCUGUGUUCUUCGUGACUGAGAUGGUAAGGCGUGAGCUACCAAUCGAAAUAACUUUACAGGGGGCAAAAAUUAUCUGCAUGAAAGUGGGUUCGUGGAAGUUUAUCGACUCACUAAUGUUCUUGCCCAUGCCCCUUAGUGCUAUGCCGAAGUCAUUCGGUCUGAAGGAGCUGAAGAAAGGAUGGGCCCCCUAUCUUGCAUUCAAACCUGAGUACUUUUCAUACAAUGGUCCCAUGCUCGCCAAAGAAUUUUAUUGUGUACCGAGCAUGAAAUCAAAGGCUGCGCUAGAAUUCGACUCGUGGUAUGAUGAGCAGGUUGCUAACGGGGUGGUUUUCAAUUUCAGGAGGGAAAUCAUAGAAUACUGCGUCUCUGAUGUGACCAUAUUGGCUCAGGGUUGUUUAGCUUUUCGGAAACUGUUUGCUGAGACUGCAGGCUUCGAUCCCAUGUUUAGCUGUAUAACGCUUAGCAGUGCAUGCAUGGCAGCAUAUCGACGCAACUUUUUGCCCAAAGACAAAAUUGCUCUUGUGCCGAGUGGAGGUUACCAUGGCAGGGGAAAGCAAUCACACAUAGCGCUGCAGUGGCUAGAUUACGAAGCUCACAAACUAGGAAUGGUCAUUCAGACUAUAUACAGUCAUAGAGAAGUCUCUGUGCUUGGUCGACGGGUGGAUGGUUAUGUCGAAAUUCCAAAGAAGAACGGGGACAUUGAGAAACGGAUAUACCAGUUUCAUGGAGACUAUUGGCACCAGUGCCCCCGACAUUAUCCACCGACUGAGGGAGACACAGAGAAUCGUCUGGAUCAGACAAAGAGGCUUACAGCCAUCUUCCGUCGUUCUGGGUACACUGUCAUUGAGAAAUGGGAGUGUGAAUUCAAAGAGGAGCUUCAAAAUGACCCUAAGGUCAAAGCAUUUUUCGAAACACAUCCCACAACCAGGGUAUCUCCCCUUCGUUUGCGAGACGCUUUAGCGGGGGGUCGUACUAAUGCUAUGAGAUGGUACCAUAAGGCAGACCUUAAAAAUGGCGAGAAAAUAAAAAUGGCGGACGUUGUGUCCGAAUAUCCAAAUGCAAAUCUGCGAGGGAAGUACCCUGUUGGCCAUCCCUCCAUUUUCUUAGAAGGCGACCCUAAAAUGCCCCACACGGACACUUGGAACGGUGUCAUCAAAUGCACAGUGCUGCCACCUCGAGACCUGUAUAUUCCCGUGCUACCAUACAGAGCGAACGGCAAACUCAUGUUUCCUCUCUGUCGUUCUUGUGUUGAAAUCUUAAACGAAGAGAAGUGCACACACGAGGAUUCUGCUCAACGACAACUCAUGGACACAUGGUGUGCACCCGAACUACUUCUUGCACUCGAGAAGGGCUACCAGCUCCUUAAAGUUCAUGAAGUGUACCAGUAUCCAGAGGUUAUGCAGUACGACCCUAAAACCGGGAAGGACGGCAUACUGUCUGCUUAUGUCCGGUGUUUCAUGGCUUUGAAACUUCAAGCUAGCGGGUGGCCUCCCGAGUGCACAACCGCUGAGCAAAAGCAGAAAUACAUUGAAGACGUCCGUAAAUAUGAUGGUGUCAUCAUUGAUCCAGAUCGAGUAGAGAAAUUGCCCGCAUUACGGCAACUUGCCAAGCUUCUCCUUAACCCUUUAAAGCGCGCACACUAA